ACAUCUCUUUCUCUUUUUCUCUGUCAUCUGGGAAAUCUAUACAUACAAAUUUCUGUAUCUAUAUACCGCUAUACGCAUACAUAUUUGUUGUUGUGAUUCAGGAUUCAAUUGAUUCUCUGUUUUGCAUUUCCCCAAUGUGUUAUUAGAGGAAGAAGAUCGGAAGAAAUCGUCAGUUAUCUAGGGUUUUUGGUCAAUCUGAUUACUUCUGAAUCGAUCAAAUGGCUGCUCCACCAGCUAGAGCUCGAGCGGAUUAUGAUUUCCUCAUUAAGCUUCUGUUAAUCGGCGACAGCGGUGUUGGUAAGAGUUGUCUCCUUUUACGGUUCUCAGACGGUUCCUUCACCACUAGUUUCAUUACAACUAUUGGUAUUGAUUUUAAGAUAAGGACUGUUGAGAUUGAUGGAAAAAGAAUCAAACUGCAAAUCUGGGACACUGCUGGUCAGGAGCGAUUCAGGACAAUCACAACUGCUUAUUACCGUGGAGCCAUGGGUAUUCUGCUGGUAUAUGAUGUAACUGAUGAGGCAUCUUUUAACAACAUCAGGAAUUGGAUCCGGAACAUAGAACAACACGCAUCUGAUAACGUAAACAAGAUACUGGUUGCAAACAAGGCUGACAUGGAUGAAAGUCAGAGGGCUGUUCCUACCUCAAAAGGUCAGGCACUUGCUGAUGAAUAUGGAAUGAAAUUUCUGGAGACUAGUGCAAAAACAAAUAUGAAUGUGGAGGAGGUCUUCUUCACUAUAGCUAGGGACAUAAAACAAAGACUCUCCGAAACCGACUCAAAGGCUGAGCCUCAGACUAUUAAGAUUAACAAACAGGAGCAGGCAGCCGGGACUUCUGAAGCUGCCCAAAAAUCAACAUGUUGUGGCUAGUAAUUACAAAACCCGUUACUGCCGAUUGCAUCAGCAUCCACAUUUUUUCCGAUUGCUCAGAAAUCAGCAUGUUGUGGCUCUCAAUCAAAGGUUCCAUUGUACUUCCUUUCUUUCUCUCUCAGUAGUUUUCACGUUUUGAUUUUGAAAAGUUGUUAGCAUGAUCAGAAAUGAAUUCAUGCUAUCGUUCUUUGUCGUUUUCAGUUGUCGAUCAUCGUCUAAAUAUCACAUCUGUUUUUUUUUCCAUGUAUCACUGUCAUACAAAACCUUGGCUGGUUUAUUUAAUCUUUAGAAAAAGCAAGAAAAGGGAACAAUAAAAGGAUGAUGGUCAAUGACUAGUUGCAACUAUUAUGAAGAUAUAAAGUCUAUCAAU